AUUUUCUUCCAACGCCGUCAUUUUGUAUUUUGAGAGCGCUUCAGACUUUAGACGCGUGUAUUUGUGUUUACGUUUUCGGAAAGUCAUAAAGAAAUUUGUGGACCACUUGCAUAGUUUGGCAUUUAAAAACGCACACCAUCCACCCACCAACACAAGGAGGGGUUGAAGAGCAGAGCGACGAACAAGAAGAAGGUCGCCUAUUUUUGUGAGAGUAGUUAAUUUGGCCUAGAAAAUACGAAAGAGCAUAGCAAAACAAACACGUAAAUAUAGAGUCGAAUGAAUUAAGUCAGUCUCGCUCUGAUACCGGCAAAAGGUAACUUGUGCAUAAAAGAUAUAUCAAGCUAUCAAAGCAUCAAUCAAUUGCUCUGCUAUUGUUUACCAAUAUUGGCAUAGUAUAUAUGUAUGUGUAGUACAUACAUCUUGAUAUAUGAGCAUAUUGUAUGUAGAUUGUGGAGGCAACAAAGUUAUAUUUUAUACCUGACUUAGUUGAACGUCAUACGUUAAAGAGAACGUACACGCACCCGCCUUUUUACGAAACGGCUCGACAUGCCAGUGGAACUACAAUCGCCCACCAGUGAGAUGGUGUUAUUGACGCCAAAUCAAGAAACCGCUCCCCCAAUUGGAUCGUCAUCGAAAACACAAGGAAAUGGUGUUGAAGACCAUGACAAAAGAGGCGAAUCAGUGGAAAGUAAUGACAGCAGAGUUCAAAUGAAAAAGCGGCUGGGUCUUUUGGAGGGAGUGGCCAUUAUAUUGGGCAUCAUUUUUGGUUCUGGUAUAUUUAUAUCCCCCAAAGGUGUCAUACAGCAGGUGGAAACCGUUGGUACCUCCUUAAUUAUAUGGAUUUUGUGUGGUCUGCUAUCGAUGAUUGGCGCCCUUUGCUAUGCUGAGUUGGGUACAUCAAUUCCCCAAUCUGGCGGUGAUUAUGCAUACAUUUUGGAAGCCUAUGGUUCAUUACCCGCAUUUCUUUAUCUUUGGGAUGCAAUGAUGAUAUUUGUUCCAACAACAAAUGCAAUUAUGGGUCUCACCUUUGCCUCUUACGUUCUUCAACCAUUCUUCGAUGCUGAUUGUGAGAUUCCCACAGCCGCUAAACAAUUGUUAGCAGCAGCAACAAUUUGUUUCCUAACCUAUUUGAAUUCAUGCUACAUGAAGGUUACAACAAAAAUGCAAAAUAUCAUUAUGUUUACAAAAAUUGCGGCUCUGGUUUUGAUCAUUGUUAUCGGUUUGGCUUGGAUGUUUAUGGGUCACGUGGAAAAUUUUACUGAUGCCUUCGCUAAUACUGAAACCGAUCCAGGCAAAUUAUCUGUGGCAUUCUAUUCGGGUAUUUUCUCAUAUGCUGGUUGGAAUUAUUUGAAUUUUAUGACUGAAGAGUUGCGUGAUCCUUACAAGAAUUUACCACGUGCCAUUUAUAUAUCCUUGCCUCUGGUGACAAUAAUUUAUGUCUUGGCUAACAUGGCAUAUUUGGCUGUACUCAGUGCAUCUGAAAUGAUAGCUUCCGAUGCUAUUGCUGUGACUUUUGGAGACAAGAUCUUAGGUGGUUGGUCAAUUAUAAUUCCUUUGAUGGUGGCAAUUUCAGCUUUUGGAGGCCUUUCGGUUCACAUAAUGACUUCAUCUCGCAUGUGUUUUGUUGGGGCUCGCAACGGUCAUAUGCCCGCAGUUUUGUCUCACAUAAGUGUUAAAAAGUUUACUCCUGUGCCAUCGUUAGUAUUUCUGUGUAUAUUAUCAAUUAUUAUGUUGCUGUGUAGUGAUGUAUAUGUGCUAAUCACAUACUGUAGUAUUGUUGAAUCUUUCUUUAUUAUGUUGUCAGUGUCGGCGGUCUUAUACUUCCGUUAUACUAGGCCUAAUCAGGAGAGACCAAUUAAGGUUGCGUUAUGGAUCCCAAUAGUGUUCGUAUUGAUUUGUGCAUUUUUGGUAGUAGUACCAAUAUAUGUCGCACCUUACGAAGUUGGAAUGGGUGUUUUAAUAACAGUUGUCGGUAUACCAUUCUACUAUGUUGGUGUUGUUUGGAAAUCUAAGCCACAGUGGCUACUCAAUAUGACUGAAUCUUUAACACAUAUGUGCCAAAAACUUUUCGAAUCAGCCAAGGAAGAAAAAGAAGACUAAAUCUCACAAGGACCUUCAAAUUAUUAUAAAAAACUAACAUCCUGUUUUUAUCCUUAAAACAGGUCUUCGACUCAAAUGUAUGGUCGGAUAACAAUAGGGUAAAAAGGUUGCUAUAUUUAUAAACUUUGACCCAAAAAAUAUUUUGAAAAACAAAUUUCAAAAAAUAUUUGUUUAUGUUUUGUUAUCCUUUCUUGCCAUAAACAUGCAUCACAAAUCUUUGACUGAACUAAAUUAACUAAACUAUGUAUGUAAUUUUUUAUAUGAAAACAAAUUAUGCCCAGUGUAAUAUUUUUUGUUUGUUUUUGUAGAUUUUCUAGUUAUAUAGGUAGUAAACAAAUUGUAAUUGAAGACAAAUACGUAUGUAAUUUGUAUGUAUUUACAGAUGCUUGUCGUUUAAUUAAAUAUUUAUUCAGGUUUCUAAAUAACCCUUCAAUGAAAACUCAUUAAGCACAAAACAAUUUGUUUUAUAAACACUCAUUAUUUUUUAAUUUAUUUUGCUAUCAGAAUAACAUUUGUGUAAUAUCUCGUCCUUUUUAAAUUAUUUAUUAUGACAAGGAACCAAAGUUUAUAUGAUAAAUGACAAUGUUGCGCAGCUUAGAGUGCUCGCAGUGUGCUUUUUAAUAGAAUUUGUUUUAAGUCUGGUGUUUUCAUUUUGUAAUUUUUUUAAUACAUACAUCAUUUUUUAUACAUGUUUUAUUUAUUUUUUCAUUCGAAAAUCUACAAUAAAGAAUACAAUUGCAAAA